AUCCAAUUUCACAUUUUUCUAAACUGUGUUUCUAGAUUUUAUCCUCUAAGAAUCACGAAAAUCUCAUCUAGUGCCUAAACUGUCCUCAUAAUUCUCUUCUCUUUCCUGGUUAAUCUUCAUCGUCGGAUCUCAUCUAUCCCCAAUCCAAGACCACAAUCAAACCCUCAAAGGUCAGUCUUUGCAAAUUUUCUUGAUUCUCUGCAUACUGAAAUUCAAGAACAGAUUAACACUACUUUAUAGAUUCAAAGUCCCCGAAUCCAUGGUUUUUUUUGUAAAGUUCAUAUUUUGGGGUUUGUUUGAGAUUUAAACGAGCAGAUAGUUUACAGUAGUGGUUGAUAACUUUUGGGUGGAGGGGAGGUUUUGGGAGUUGACGAUGCUGCCCCAGCCAAGAAGAAAGAAAUGGAGUGAGGCAGAGGAAAGAACUCUGAUUGAUAAGUAUGGUGAUAUGUUAUGUGAUGGGACAUUAGCUAAGAUGAAAACUAGGGAGAAGAAGUAUAUACCCAUUGCGUUGCACGUGAAUUCGGUGCACCAUUUGCGUGAUCCGGUUGCCUAUCCGUGGCAGUGGACCUGGAAGGAUGUUUCCACAAAGGUGCAGAACAUGAGGCACCAGUAUGCUCUUGUGAAGCAGAAGAUCAAGAAGGAAGGGGAUGGUGAGGAGUUUGAUUGGGGGGAGGGGCUCGCGCAUUGGUCGAAUUUUCUUAGGUACGAUGCGGUGUUUGGGGACGUGGUGGUUGGUGGAGAACCGGUGACGGUUGUUGGGGAUGCGAUUGAAAAUAGCGGGGGAUUCGAUGACGGUAUCGAGCUCGUGCAAUUUGGGCAUUUGAGUCAUUCUGGGGAUUUUGGAGGGGGUAUCGAUGGGGUUGAGAAUGAUGGUUUGGGGCUAGGGUUUGAUUACGACGGGGAAGGAGUGGAGAACUAUAAUAAUACUAAUAAUGGUAAUGAUCAUAGCAACAAAAGUAGCAAUCCUCCUUUGGAUGAUGGGGAAAAUGAUGAUGGAGGGUUUGUUUACGAAGAUAUCGAGCCAAUUGGGUCCGAUACGAGGAAGAAAAGGAAAGCAUUGAAGGCAUGGGGGUUUCUUUCCACCCAAUUGGCUCAGCUAAAGGAAAUGGAGACCCGGUACGAGCAGCGUGAGGUCGAGAGAGAGCGUGAGAGGCAGAGGAGAGAGAGUGCUCGCAUGGAAAUGGAAAAGAGACGCGAGAGGAAGCGGGAGGAGAGGGAGCGCGAGAGGGAGAAGAGGCUCGAGGAAAUGCGGAGAAAAAUGCUUCAAGAGUGGGAAACAAUGGAGAAAGAGAGCGAAGAGAGAGAGAGGCGAAGGCUAGAGGAAGCGUCCAUGUUGGAAAGGGAAAGGGAGGAGAGAAUGGGUAGGAGGAGGUCGGAGUCGAAGAAGAGGAUUGACGAGAUGGUGAGCCACCACAGAGGGGAGAUGAAUCAGAUUCAGAGCCGCGCGCUCCAUGAGCAGCAGAGCCUUACGGGCCACCUGCUCGGAGUUCUGGCCCGUUGGACCGGGCACCCGACCGCGCUGCCCGAUGACCACGCCGGGGCAACCAAUCACUAUCUUUCGCAGAUGAUAGUCAACGAUAUGAUGCACGGAGAUGCACCGGUGGAGGGAGACCAUCAAGAAGAAGAAGAUCACUUCAUAGUUGAUGGGUAAUGAACAUGAGAUGAGAGGUCAUUCAUUCUUUCCUUAACUAUGUUGUAGUAGUACUAGAUAAGUGGGUACUAAUUAUAAUUAAUUAACUAAUAAAUGAUCUUGAUUCAUGUAAUUAGAUUGUGGAGGCACAAAUGGAAUUAAUAUGUAAUCUAUUU